UAUGAGUCAACCACAGUAGGCAUCAUAAUCAUAAUAGCAAAAGGCCAAUACCUUCAAUAAAUCAGAAAAAACAAAAGAUAUCAGAUUAACAAAUAUCUAGGCUGCUAAAGGUAAAAAUGAAAUAUAUAUAUCAAGCCGUAUCUGAUGCAAUAAGAACCAGUUUAGGACCAAGAGGAAUGGAUAAAAUGAUUUAAGAUGCCAAAGGUGAAGUACUCAUUACAAAUGAUGGAGCCACUAUACUCAAAUAGAUGGAUUUGGUUCAUCCUACUGCAAAAAUGGUAAUUUAUAGAAUAUUACAAAAAGUUAGUUGAAAUUUCUCAUGCAUAAGAUGUUGAGGCUGGAGAUGGCACUACAUCAGUUGUAGUAUUUGCAGGAGCAUUAUUGAAAUCAUGUGAAGUCCUCUUAGAGAAGGGAAUACAUCCAACCACUAUUUCAGAGGGAUUCCAAUAUGCCUUAGAAAAUGCAUUAGAAGCUUUAGAUGAAUUGAAAAAACCAGUUGAUCUAGACAAUAAAUAAUAAUUGAUUGAAUGUGUGUAAACAGCACUUUCAUCAAAAGUGGUUUCAUCUAAUAGUGCAUAAUUGGCUCCACUUGCUGUAGAUGCAGUUUUGAGAAUUGUUGAUCCUCUUAAACCUGAUAAUGUUGAUCUUAAAGAUAUUAAAAUUGUUAAAAAAUUAGGAGGCACAAUUGAUGAUACUGAAUUAGUUGAAGGAAUUGUAUUCUCUAAUUAAAAAGCAAGUUAAACAGCUGGAGGACCAUAAAAAAUUGAAAAUGCUAAAGUUGCACUUCUUUAAUUUUGUUUAUCAGCACCAAAAACAGAUGUUGAGAAUUCUAUUGCAAUUAAAGAUUAUACAGAAAUGGAUAAAAUAUUGAAAGAAGAAAGAAAAUAUAUUAUAGAUCUUGUAAAAAAGAUAGUAGCAUCAGGUGCAAAUGUAUUAUUAAUAUAAAAAAGUAUAUUAAGAGAUGCUGUAAAUGAUCUUUCAUUACACUUUUUAGCAAAGAAAGGUAUAAUGGUUGUAAAAGAUAUUGAAAGAGAGGAUGUCGAAUUUAUAUCAAAGGUAUAUUUAUAUAUAGAUAAUAAUUAUAAUAGACUUUAUGUUUAGUACCAGUUGCACAUAUAGAUUAAUUGACACCAGAAAAAUUAGGAAAUGCUGGACUUGUUGAAACAGUUUUCUUGAAUGAUGAAAGCAAAGUAUUGAGAAUUACUGGAAUGCCUGCUUAAUCUAAAGCUUUAACAAUCUUAGUUAGAGGAUCAAAUUAAUUAGUUUUAGAUGAAGCUGAUAGAAGCAUACAUGAUGCAUUAUGUGUUGUUAGAAGUCUUGUUAAAAGCAAAGGAUUAAUUCCUGGAGGAGGAGCACCAGAAAUUCAUUUAUCAUUAAAAUUAACUUAAAAGGCUAAUACUUUAACAGGUGCAAGAUCUAUGUGUGUGAGAGCAUUUGCUGAAGCACUUGAAGUAAUCCCUUAUACUCUUGCAGAAAAUGCAGGUAAAUAAAAUUUAUAUUCCAUAAUUUAUAGGAUUGAAUCCAAUUAAUGUAGUUACUGAGUUGAGAAAUAGACAUCUUAAAUCAUAAAAGUUUGCAGGAAUAGGAAUGAAGAAAGUAAUUAUUAUUUAAUACUAAUUUAGAAUAAUAUUGUAGAUGAUAUUACAACUGAAUAAGUAGUCUAACCAAUUUUAGUAACAAGGAGUGCUUUGAGUUUGGCUACAGAAUGUGUUAGAAUGAUCUUGAAGAUUGAUGAUCUAGUCAUUUCAGCACGUUGAUGU